AAAUUGCAUUAACUUCUAACGUACACAUCCAAUGCAUUUUGUUAUCAUUAGCCUUGAGCCUCUAAAUUAAUAAAUACACACACUUAUGCAUUAUUCUUCACAUUCUAUAACUAUUAUUAUAAAUAGAUGGUUGUUGUCAAACAAAUACACAUCACCUGAUUCAUAUAAUAUACUCUCCUACAACCGAAAAUAUGUAAGCACAAUCCUUCUCAAAUUUAUAGCAUGGCAGAAGGAACUGGAAGGCAUGAUUCUUCCAAGAGAAUUAGAACACAUAUAAAUAUAUUCUGCAAUCAGGGAAAUAAUAAUAAUAUUGGAACAACCAAUAGGAUUCCAUUCUGCAAUAUUACUAAUGUUGGUUCUUCAUCAUAUGAAUUGCACUCCUCUACAAAAAGAUUUGCACCAACACCAAGUUCAUUGACAGCAGGGAAAUAUACCAUAUAUAAUGGCACACUUACUAAUCAUUCAAGGGAUGCACAAGGAGCAUCAUAUGUUCGGGAUUUGUCUUCUAUUGAACCACGUCAUAUUUCAUUUCAAGAUAUUGAUAUUACAUUGGAUGAUGAGCAUGAGGCGAACAAAGUGAUAUGCACUAAUAAUGCCGAAAAUUCUGAUAUACCUUCUAAUCAAGGAAUUCCUUUCCAAAUAGAAAAUAUCAAUGAAUUUGUCGAAGAAUUACAUGAUACUGCUCAGUCAGCAAAUGAAUAUUUAGAAUAUUUUAAUAUUGGCCAACCAAAUUGGAUAUGCGGAGAUUGUGGUGCAAUGAUGUGGUAUGAAGAGCGUGUUGAUAAGCAGAAGAAGCCAGAAAAUCCAAAAUUUUCAUUGUGUUGCAGCCAAGGCAGUAUUGAAAUUGCUCCAUAUACUCGCCUACCAGAACCUUUGUAUGAUUUAUAUCACACACAUGAUAGAAGGAGUAAAUUCUUUUUAGAAAAUAUUAGAUCUUUCAACAGCAUGUUUGCCUUCACUUCAAUGGGUGGAAAAAUUAAUACGUCAUUAAAUGAUGGGAAUGCACCUCCAAUGUUUGUGAUGAACGGUGAGAAUUAUCAUCAAAUUGGAAGUCUGUUGCCGUUGCCAGGAAAAAGUCCAAAAUUUGCUCAACUAUAUAUACAUGACACUGAUAAUGAAAUCGCCAAUAGAAUGGCUGUUGUUAGGAUGGAAGGUGAUGAUUUGGCAUUUAAAUCAUUAAUUGUUCGUGAUAUAAGGGAAGCAUUAGAUAACUGCGACAAUCCAUAUGUACAAACAUACAAGACAAUUCGUGAUACAAUAGCAACACAGGAUUCUCCUUCUGUUAAAUUGAGAAUAUUAGGCAAGAGAGGUCGUGAUGGUAGAAGAUAUAACCUUCCAUCUGCAUCUGAGGUCGCUGCCUUGGUUGUUGGUGAUUUUGAUGCUGCAGACUUCGAUAGAGAUGUGGUUGUAGAGACCCAGUCCGGAUUGUUACACCGUAUAUCUACAUUUGAACCAGCUUAUUGGCCAUUACAAUAUCCACUUUUAUUUCCUAGAGGAGAAGAUGGGUAUAGAAGAGAUAUUGCUUUCAAAGACAAUUCAAAAGCAUCUUCAAGGAAAAGAAAGUUUAUUACGCAAUUGGAGUGGGUUGCUUAUAGAAUUCAACAAAGAGAUAUAGACCAAUCAACAAUUGUGUUUUCUAAAAGGUUAUUUCAGCAAUUUUUGGUUGAUUCGUUCAGUACAAUAGAAUCUGAUCGCUUGAAAUACAUGCGAGGUCAUCAAAAAGACUUGAGAGCUGACAUGUACAAGGGGUUAACUGAAUCUAUUCUCAAAGGAGAAACUGAUCCAGCUACUGUUGGAAAGAGAAUUGUUUUGCCAUCUUCUUUUGUCGGUGGAGCAAGAUAUAUGAUUCAAAACUAUCAAGAUGCUAUGGCUAUAUGUUCUUGGGCUGGAUAUCCUGAUCUGUUCAUCACGUUUACGUGUAAUCAUAAAUGGCCUGAACUGGUUGAUUUUUUAAAGAUAUAUUGUCUCAAACCAGAGGAUCGACCCGACUUAGUUAGUCGGUUGUUCAAAAUUAAACUUAACCACCUGAUAAAAGACAUUAAGAAGGGGGAUAUUUUUGGCAAAGUCAAAGCAGUGAUAUAUACUAUUGAAUUUCAAAAGCGUGGACUGCCACAUGCACACAUAUUGGUUUUCUUGCAACCAAGUUAUAGGUUCGUCCAACCUCAUGAGAUUGACAAAAUAAUAUCUGCUGAGAUUCCCGAUAAGGAUAGAGAUCCAGAGCUGUAUAAGAUUGUAUCUUCGCUUAUGAUACAUGGUCCAUGCGGUGCUCAAAAUAGAAACUCUCCUUGCAUGCAAAAAGGCAAGUGCACCAAACGGUUUCCACGAAAAUUUGUUGAUGCUACAGUUAUUGACGCUGAAGGUUAUCCUAUCUAUAGAAGAAGGGAUGAUGGAGUGUUUAUUCAAAAAGGCGAAUCAUUUCUUGAUAAUAGAUAUGUUGUUCCAUAUAAUAAACAGUUGUUGUUGAAAUAUAAUGCUCAUAUCAAUGUUGAGUGGUGCAAUCAGUCAAGAUCUAUUAAAUAUUUGUUUAAAUAUGUCAACAAAGGACAUGAUCGUGUUACAAUUGGAUUUUACACGGGUGCUAAUGAUAAAGAUAAUGCCGAGCUCAUUGAUGAAAUAAAGAUGUAUUAUGACUGUAGAUAUCUAUCAGCAUGUGAAGCUGCUUGGAGGAUAUUUUCGUUUGAUAUCAAUUACAGGGAGCCAUCGGUUGAAAGACUGAGUUUUCAUCUUGAGGACGAGCAAUGCGUUAUUUUUCCAGAUGAUGCUUCAAUUGAAGAGGUAGUCAAUAAACCACAUAUAGACUCCACCAAAUUUUUGGCAUGGAUGGAUGCUAACAAAAAAUAUCCUGAAGCAAGAAAUCUUACAUACAGUGAGUUUCCUACAAAGUUUGUAUGGAAAGAAAAGGAGCAUCGAUGGACUCCACGUCAAAGGGGUUUUUCAGUUGGAAGACUGCAUUAUGCGGCACCUGGAUCUGGACAAUUAUUCUAUUUGAGAACUUUGUUGAAUUAUGUGAAAGGUCCUACAUCUUAUGAUGAUAUCAAAACAGUUAAUAAUAUAAAGCAUAACACUUUCAAGGAUGCUUGCUUUGCCUUAGGAUUGCUGGACGAUGACAAAGAGUUUGUAGAUGCAAUUAUGGAGGCGAGUCAUUGGGGUACCGGGAGCUUUUUACGCAGUUUAUUUGCCACUCUGUUAGUGUCAAAUCAAAUAAGUCGACCAGAUUUUGUUUGGAAUAAGACAUGGGAGUAUUUGUCUGAUGAUAUUUUGCACCGACAGAGACAAUUAUUGUCUUUUCAUGACUUGGUCUUGACUGUUGAUCAAUUGAAGAGUUAUGCUUUGGCUGAAAUUGAGAUUUUAUUGCAAAGUAAUAACAAAAGCUUGGAAGAUUAUCCUGAGAUGCCUCAACCAGAUAGAGCAUUGUUACCCGAGAGGCAAAAUAGAUUGAUUUAUGAUGAGUUGAAUUAUGACAGGCGGUCACUGUUAGAAGAGCAUCGUAAUUUGAUGUCAACAAUGACAACUGAACAAAUGAGAAUAUAUGAAAGGAUCAUGAAAAGGAUCAAUGAAAAUAGAUCGGGACUUUUUUUUCUAUAUGGUUAUGGAGGAACUGGAAAAACUUACAUUUGGAGAGCAAUGUCUGCAGCAAUAAGAUCAAGGGGUGAGAUUGUUCUAACCGUCGCAUCGAGUGGGAUAGCUUCUUUGCUAAUUCCGGGUGGAAGAACUGCACACUCAAGAUUUGCCAUCCCUAUAGAAGUUCAUGAAUGCUCGACGUGUAAUAUCGCUCCAAAAGACCCUUUAGCUGAGUUAAUACGUCGUGCAAAGUUAAUAAUAUGGGAUGAAGCCCCUAUGAUGCACAAGCAUUGUUUUGAAGCUGUUGAUCGUACUUUUCAAGAUAUAAUGCAAAAUAAAAAUAUCCCAUUUGGCGGAAAAGUAGUUGUUUUGGGUGGAGAUUUUCGUCAGAUCCUUCCUGUUAUUCCUAAAGGAACAAGACACGAAGUUGUGCAUUCAACUAUAAAUUCUUCUCAUCUUUGGAAUUAUUGUGAAGUGCUUACACUGACCACUAAUAUGAGACUUCUGACUGGAGGUAUAGAUGCUGACAUUGAAGAGAGAAAGAGUUUUUCGGAAUGGAUAUUGGGAAUUGGCGAUGGAAGUAUUGGAGAUGCUAAUGACGUAGAUAUCACAGUGCAGAUACCACAUGAUUUGUUGAUUCCUAGCUUUGGAGAUCCACUUUCAGCUAUUGUGGAAAGCACGUAUCCAAAUCUUUUACACAACUUGAAUGAUCCGUCUUUUUUUCAAGAGAGGGCAAUAUUAACUCCUAAAAAUACCAUUGUUGAUGCCCUCAAUUAUUAUAUAUUGGAUUUAAUACCUGGAGAAGAAAAAACUUAUUUGAGUUAUGAUUCUCCAUGUAAUGCUAGGUCAGACAUUAACACGCCAGAUGAUGUGCAUACUCCUGAAUUUCUAAACACCAUUGUAUCUUCAGGACUACCAAAUCACAAGUUGAAAUUAAAAGUUGGAGUCCCAGUAAUGUUGUUGAGAAAUAUUGACCAGUCGUUGGGAUUGUGCAAUGGCACCCGAUUGAUAAUUACAAAAAUGGGAAGAUAUGUCCUUGAAGGUAAGAUUAUAUCAGGUAACAAUGUUGGUCAUAAGGUUUUUAUUCCAAGGUUAUCACUGACUCCAACCGAUAAAAGAAUCCCUUUCAAAUUUCAACGUCGGCAAUUUCCAUUGACUGUAUCAUUUGCUAUGACAAUCAACAAGAGUCAAGGUCAGUCACUUAAAUAUGUAGGAGUAUAUCUUCCCCAGUCAAUUUUUUCUCAUGGGCAAUUAUAUGUUGCAUUGUCAAGAGUUACUUCAAAGAAAGGCUUAAAGAUACUGAUAACCAACGACGAAGGUGAAGAUACAAAUGUAACUCAGAAUGUCGUUUACAAAGAAGUCUUUCAUAUUGUUCAAUAA